UGUAUAGGAUAGGCUCGCGCGAUACAAGAGCCGCCGCCGCUGCUGCUGACUGCUGCUGACUGCGCGCGGCGCGAGCAGCAGAGCACGUAACGAGUACGACUAACUUUGCCGUCCAUCCGUGCAUAAUUAGACAUACACGCACACGCGUGCAGCGCGCAGUACACGUACAUAACAUAAUAUAAUCUCUUUCUCUUUCUCUCUCUCUCUCUCUCUUGUGCCCGAGCGACAGUCGAAUGUGCGCUGCUGUGCCUGCAAUAGUGCGCGCUCAGGCCGAUAUUAUAUAGAGCCUCGAGUCUUGCUGCUUUGCGAUUUAAUGCGCAUACACGAAUACGUCUCCACGUAUCAUCGAGGCUCGGGCGCGCGCGCUCAGUAGCAGCAGUCUGCAGCUUUAGGCCAGAGCCAUCAGCCAGGCCACUGGCCAGGCGGUCGACUCUCUCUUUCUCUCUCUCUCUCUCUCUCGAAUCGUCGUGCGAGUCGUAACAUGAGAGCAGAAGACGUUCCAAUCUUGCUGUCUGGAGAAGUAGUGGCGGUUCACCUGCAGCCGCUUCAGCUUUUGCCUCGCUAAGGCCUCGUGUGCUGCGUGUUGCUGCUGCGUGUGCCUCGCUCGGCUGCGUGUACGUUUGCAACAUCGUGCACGCGGCGGCUCCUUCGUCACCUCUACGAGACUAUUAUAUAUAUAGAUAUAUAUAUCGAAGCUCAUCCCUGCUGCAGCUGCUGCUGAUAUCUUGCCCAACUGCACGCGCCGCCGUCUGUGUGCAGCGACGACGACCAGUCGGAUUUUUUCUUCCUUCGUCAACAUGAGCUACGACAUCAAGUGGAUCAUACCGAAGCUCAGGCAGCCGACCCGGCUCUGGAAUGUCGCGAGCAGCCUCACCUUCGCCCUCGUCGGCAUCUUCUCCAAAAUCGUCAUGGAAUGGCUGAACAAAACAACAAUUUAUAACAAACACAUCAUGAUAAAUGCCCUCAAAUCCAGGCCAAAGGAGGUUCCCUUAAUAACAGUAUCUAAUCAUCAUAGUUGUUUUGAUGAUCCUGGAAUAUGGAGUACCUUGGAUCUCAAAUAUUUACUGAAUCGAAAAAAAAUGAGAUGGUCCUUGGCAGCUCAUGACAUAUGCUUUACAAACUUCUGGUGUUCUUACUUUUUCAUGCUUGGAAAAUGUGUUCCUGUAGUUAGAGGUAAUGGAGUUUACCAAGAAGCCAUAGAUUUUUGUAUUGAAAAGUUAGCAAGAGGAGAUUGGGUUCAUGUCUUUCCAGAGGGUAAAGUCAAUAUGCAAAAAGAGAAUAUGAGAUAUAAAUGGGGCAUCGGGAGACUUAUUUUUGAAUCUCCAGUGGUACCUCUUGUUAUACCAAUUCUUCAUUUGGGUAUGGAUCAAAUUCUUCCAAAUGAACAACCAUACAUGAUAAAAACAAAGAAAAAAGUUACAAUGUAUUAUGGAGAACCAAUAGAUUUAAGUGAAAUGUUAGAAAAUUUGAAAAAAUCAAAUGCCAAUGAAGAAGAAGCUAGAAAAGCUAUUACCGACCAUAUUCAGAACGAAAUGUUCAGAUUGAAGACUACUACAGAAGAACUUCAUGCGCAACUCUGACGUAGAUGUAAGGGCUGACAGUAAUGUCAGCUUUAGUAAAAAAUUUAAAGCACAAAGUACAAUCAUAAUAACGCAAAUACUUUUGUGUAAUUGACAAAAAAUGUGUAAACAAACUGAAACAUGUAAAGAUUUUUUAACACUGAAUGACUUUGAGAUAGUGCAUGAUCAUAAAAGGUUAUUAAAAUAACUCCUCAUAGUUAUUUGAUUUUUAAUGUAUAAAAUAAGCAAUAAUUUGUAAAAUAGUACAUUAUGAGUACUUACUCUUUUUACCACAUUUCCACGUCAACGCAAAGUAAAUUAAUUCGUUCAAUAUCACAUUAUGAAAGUAAUGAAACAUCAAAAAAUUAUUGUAAAGUUAAUUCUAACAAUUCAUUUUCAAAUUUGCAGACAAUUUUUGUCACAUGAUUGAUGUACUUUUACUAAAAUUAUUGUAAAUAAUGCAAAAAAUUACUAUGUAAAUAUUUUCUUGAGUAAUAGUUUGUAGAAACAUACCUUUUAAAUGAUCACCAAAUUAAUCAUUAUUUCUGCAUCAUUUUGUAAUUAUUCAAUUAGUUUAAAAAUGUAUAGACAACUACUGUCUUUUGUUAUUGAAAAUAAAAUAAUUACAAUAACGAAGUAUAUCUCAUGAACUUGGAAAACCAUUAAAAUUGUUUUUUAAUAGUUGAAUACAAGGAUAAUAAUUAUGACGAUAAAAUUCUCUUUCAAAUUUGAUUUAUAUUUAUUAAUAAUCUCAAGUUAUUGUUUAAACAAAAAAUACCAAACAGCAUUAAUCAAUAAAUGGCAAAAUUUCUCUUUUUAAAUUGUAUACCCUGCAUGAUUAUUGAGAUUCCAUAGAUGAAAUUAAGUUAAUAUGAAAAAACAAUAUUUCAAUAGAAUAUUUUUACAAGUAAUCAUUGUGAAUUUGUUCAAUUUAA